CAAAAAAAAAUAUCUUUUGGCCGUUGGAAACGAGAUUACGAAAUUGCGUCGUUUGGAGGCGUUCGAAUUUCAAAAUGUCGAAAAUAAGCGGCGAGGAAGACGAGGAAGAAGCUAAAGAAAUGAAAGUGGAGGAAAAUAACUCGGAAGGAAGUGAAGAAGAAUAUUCAGUGCCCAAAAUUUCUCCUUCUAAGAAAAGAAGAUACUCCGAAGAAGACGAUUCCAUCAUUCAGAUAGAUUUUAAUCAAGAAAUGGCCAAACUUUUAGAAUGUUUCGGUUCCGAUAUUAAUAAAUGUCUUGUGGCCAAACGAAGACGUUUGGAACAGUUUAUUCAGGAUACGAUCCGUGCAACGACACGACGUGUUUUGGAAGCCACAAAAAUACAAACGAGCGAAAGGAAAAGAUUAAUGGACGAAUUUCGUAUGCAGUUGAGUACGUUAAUACAACAAUCCGAGACAGAAUUAGACAGGAUUAAAGAAUCUGAGGACAAACUUCAGGUAUUUCACUUUUUACAUUCCCGGCUGUUACGUAUACAUAAUAAAGUAUUGGAAUCGUAUGAAAUUUAAUCUCUGAGUGUUUUG